AUGGAAAAGUUGGAUCGCCUGGUCGCUUAUACCUGGGACGCGUCGAGGCAAUCUCGCUCAAGCUAUGGCGUGAGACACGUCUUCGGCACCAAACGCCUCGAAUUUACCACUCACCCGGAUGAUGCGCCUAUAGCUGGUUCCCAAAAUGUUUCAUCUCCCGUGGACUUUGACGGUGCCUCGGCCCCACGUGGCCCAGCGAGGGACAGCCGCAUCGGCACCACGGUUCAAGAGCCAGAGAACUUGAUCGAAGUGGUAGCAUGUAUUGGUGAGAAUUCAGUCGCGGAAGAAAGGAUGCAGGAGGAGUAUCAGAUGGUGACAUCCGUCGCCGCUUCUCGCCGCAAAUAUCUCCUGCGACCCGUGGAAAUACGGCGCCUACCCAGCCUCAGUGAAGACGAAGAGCCAUCGGCACUGGUCUGCAUUUACGAAAGCCCCGGUCCCAACGAUCUUUCACGCUUCGUUGAUUGUGGCGCAACCUGGUAUCAUUCGCGCCCGGAAGGAGAUCAGAUCCAUAGCGAGACCGAUGGUGGGGGAGGGCUUCAAUCCGAUCGAGGUGAGCUCAUGCCUUUGCAAACAUUUCUGGAUUUUGCUAUUGGUGCAGCGGAGUGCAUUGAAAUGCUGCAUAGCCGGCAGAUUGUUCAUGGACAGAUUCGGGGGGAUACAUUUCACUUCAGUCAGAACACUGCCUGCGUGAGAUUGAUUCAUAUCGGAGCGGGCCUCCGGCAAUACGACACCAGGCGCUUGGGCGCUGGCUCGCCUAUUAUUUCCAACCAGAACGACGCUACGGCGAAUACCUCUUACUUGAGUGUCGAACAGACCAGUCGGACGCCCAUACAGCUCGAUAACAGGGUCGACAUCUAUUCCCUCGGUGUCUUGCUUUGGAGCGCUCUAGUCCAACAUGCCUCAUUCGGGGGCCAGACUCCCAUGGAAAUUGUUAGGGAGGUUCUUGGACAGGAGCUACCGUUGGCAUCCACCUUGCGGCCCGAAGUACCGGAGAUCAUCGCACGUAUCAUCGCCAAAGCGACUGCAAAGAAUGUCUCAGAACGGUACAACUCUGUUAAUGGUCUGUUACAUGACAUUGUGGAGGCGCGGAGGUUGUUGGAAGAGAGUGACCAAGCAGAAGUGGAAAAAUUUAAGAUCGCCAGCAAUGAUGUUUCUCCUUUCUUUACGCUUCCGCGCACGAUGGUGGGCCGGAAGGCCGAGCGGGACGCAAUCGUUGAGGUUCUGGAUCGUAAACACAGAAUGUAUCAGGGAGGCAAAGAAAUCCACCAGUCGUCCGUACCGAAGGACCAAACGGCAAUUUUCGUCGCUCCUACUCUACCAGACGCUAGCCUGGAGGAAGAAGACGAAGCUCGUAAUUUGGCCACUGGGAUUUUCAGCUUGCCAGCUUCCACUAAUAUGACAUCAAUGGGACUUGCUCAAUCUUAUGUGGCUAACGCAAGCCGCGUACGUUCCCCAGGAGGUUCUCAGUACAGUCCAAGUGAAGCUAGUGAGUCCGGAUCCGUGGCUUUGGACAACAACAACAAAGGGUUGGAUAAGCGAUUGUCAACACUAUCGACCGACGGCGCCAGUGGUGAUGGAAGCUCCCUAUCUAGUGGCAACGCUAGGAGGCAAACUGUGUAUCGUGGGAUGCUGCCGAAAGGAAGAUGCGAGAUUAUCAGCAUUGAGGCAGGAGCUGGAUUGGGCAAGUCUCGACUCAUCAAAUCAGUGCAGAUGGAAGCUCGACGAAGAGGCUUCUUUGCGAACUCCCAUUUUGAUCUUGCAAUCAAAGAACGUCAGCGCCCGGUCCUAAAUUUGUUCUCAAGUCUUUUCGAACAAGCGUUUUCCGAAAACACACUCGAGUCCAGUUUCCUGCCGAUGCUGCGACAUCAUAUUGGCCCUGCGUGGGACACUCUUCAUAAGGUUCUUAGCCUUCCCAAAUUCCUUUUGGGGCCCGACUUGCCGGAACAAACGCUGAACAAAGCUGCUCGUUCUUCAAUACCUUUACCCUACCGAAAUUCCCUCGAAAGUCGUGGAACAGAAAGUGCCGAAAAAUUCCUUCGAACUGGAUCCUCUACCAAGUCAUUGCCUCUUGUGCGGACAUUGCUGGAUAUUCUCAGAGCCUUUACACAGUACAAGUUGGUUUGCCUCUGCUUAGACGAUGUUCACUUGGCAGACGAAGAAUCGUUGGAACUUAUUGCCCAGAUUGCCUCGGCGAGGAUCGAAGUAGUUAUAAUCCUGGCCUACCGACCGAGUGCAAAUACCUCAUCCGAGAUUCUUACGAGAAUUCUUGACUUCUGUACCAAUAAAGGUGUUACUUCUAUCAAUCUGCCCCCGCUCAGUGAAGACAGCGUAUUGGAAUACGUAUCAAGCACCCUGUUUUUGUCCAUACCUGUCCUCUUGCCCCUGGGGGCGCUCAUUCAAUCUAGGACUAGUGGAAACCCAUUUUACGUUCGCGAAAUGUUGACCGAGUGCUAUGAACAUGGACUCAUCGGUUAUGACCACCAGAAAGGAUUGUGGUCAUUUGAUCUGAGCCGCAUCUCUGCACAUUUCAGAGCGGAUAACUACGACGACACGAAUCUCGCAAAUUUCUUAACAAAGCGCCUCAGUAAUCUACCUUCUGUUUCAAAGUCAAUACUGGCCUGGGCAUCUGUUUUGGGCACGACUUUCUCGUUCCAGCUGGUUCGAAGGCUUCUCAACACCGCCAAAAUGGAUUCCGAGUCUGAAUUGUCUGAUCAGGAGAUGAUUCAAGGUCUACAGGCAACAAUCCAAGCCUACGUUAUCGUGCCCACAAAGGACCAUGACGUCUUUUCGUUCACAUAUAAUCAUUACAUGCACAUCGCAGUGUCCUUUCACACCAGAGACCAGCAUCAUGUGGACUUCAUCAAAGCCCAAGUGCUACUGCGGUAUUACUCCCACGAUGACAAAUAUUGCAAUAUGUUGGCAUCCGCCAUCUUGGAGUCUGCCCCGAUAAUUAAAACCUCCGUGGCAAGAAGGGAGCCUUUCAGAAAGUUUUUAUUGGAUUAUGCAAAAGCCACAAGCGAGACUGGUUUCCGCUUCGCCGACAUCAAAUAUUACCAAAGCUGCAUUUUACUGCUCCAGGAAGCCAUGUGGGACGAAGAAGUUGAGGAUGUCAGCUACGCCGAGACACUGCAGAUAUUUACGUCCGCCGCUGAAGCUUACUUGUACCGAGGACAGCAUGCCGAAGCUAGUCAUUUAUUGGACUCCAUGCUAUCUAGCGCCCGAAGUCCAGUAGACAAGGCCCCCUCAUGGAUAUUGCAGUGUCGCAUGCUUGCACAAAUGGGUAACUCGUCCGGCGCUUUCCAGUCGCUGAAAGAAGCUCUCGGAACGCUGGGGAUCGCAAUUGACGAUAACCCUAGUUUUGCCAAAUGUGACAAGGAAUUCCGCCGGUUAUGCGAGGCCAUUUCCGCUAUUCAGAUUGAGACUAUUGAAAGGACACCCGUUGAGGAUUUGAGCUUGGCUGCUAUCGGUGCAGUUUUAGUGGAGGCCACUAGCGCGGCUUUCUGGUCUGACACCAUUACUUUCUACCAGAUGACGCUGGUCAUGGUUGAAACUUAUCUCUCCCGUGGCCCUUUCCCCCACGCGGGCAUGGGACUGCUGCAGCUGGCUGUGAUAGCGAUCACUCGACACAGCACAAUUUCCUUCGCAAGUCAUUGUGCAGAGCUUGCUCUUGCUUUGAUUGAGCAAUGUAAAGACUCACACAUCAAAGGGCGUGGCAUUGCGUUGUAUUUAACCUUUGUUGAUCACACACGAAGCCAUAUCCAAUCAUCAAUCUGCCAAAUGGAAGGGGUUCUGGACCUCUCCAUUGACGCGGGUGAUAGAAGCGCCACUAUUUUGAACUACGGGCUACUUUCUAGUAUGAGGUUCUUUGCCUCUGAAAACCUGGCCGAGCUGGAGAGCUUCUGUGCCCACAGCUGUGAGGACAUUUCAAAUUGGCAAUCAGACACUCCUGGCGGUACUAUCCUCAUUACAAUCUGCCAGCUCUGCCGUGCUUUACAAGGGAAAACGUUUACGCAAGAAUCGGCGGGGGUGAUGAGUGACGAAGAUCAUUCAUCAACCACAUAUAAGAGUUGGCUAGUAAGAAAUAUCAAAAAUAGUGACCGCCCGCUGAUGUUUUACGAGAGCAUGGAAAUUGCUCCGUUGUUUCUUUACGGUCAUUUCCACCGAGCAGUUGCGCUUGGCAAUUCGUGUUUGAAGAAAGUAAAUGCCAUAUGGUCCGCACGAAACACACGAUUCCUCAUGUUCUUCCAUUCCCUUGCCUUGGCCGGAUGCAUGUGGAUCCGGAAGCAGCAGCAGCUCAAUCCUGCAUAUCGCGCACGCUCCCUUCAUUUGGCAUCCGACGUCAACGGACGAUCACUCGAGCCGGGCUUUGAAGAGGAAAUGGCUAACCUGGCGAAGAUGUUGAAAUACUUCAGGCGUAAGAUUGAACAGUGGCAGGUUAUCUCAGAUGUGAAUUACCUGGCAUGGACUAAAAUCUUGGGGGCCCAGAUUGCCGAAAUGGAGAAUGAUCAAAGGGCUGCUUUGUGUCUCUACCAAGAGGCACUGGAGCACGCUGCCCUGUAUGGAUUUGGGUUGGAGGAAGCUCUGACCAACCAUCUGUUAGGCGAACAUCUGAUGCGCGAGGGGUCUUCGAGACUAGGCACUUACGCGCUGAAAGAAGCUGUCACACUCUACCGGCGGAUGGGGGCUACCGGAGUGGCUGAUCACGUUCUGCGCUUGUAUAACCUGGAGCAAAAUUUGAAGAAUGUGGCACGAGAAGCCGCUACUCAAACUGAGCAUCCCCAAACUGUUAUACCGACUCGUCAAGUAUCUGAUCAUGGCAACGAUGAAAAUCCAAAUGCAGAUGAAUCUCCAGCGGAGCGUACUUUACACAUCUCAGAUCUGACCUCCAUUCUUGAACGGUCACAGGUGAUAUCCAGCAUUCUAAGGGUUGAUGAGCUGCUACGGGAGAUGUGCACAAUUGUUCUAGAGAGCUGCUACGGCGUUGCUGUCGCAGUGGCCAUCAUCACCAAGGAGGACCCGGCCGUCGGGUGGGUUGUGGCAGCCAGUGGCGAAGCGGCAGGACGUACUAAAGUACACCGUUCCCCUAGACGGAUUGAGCAGUCCAGUCUUGUCGAAGAAAGCAUUGUGAACUAUUGUGUUCGCUUUCGCGAAGCAGCGUAUCUGCCGGACGUCUUCCAGGAUCCGCGAUUCACCUCUGGCAGCGAAGCUUGGGAGGCGCAAAAUCAAGUCAGCAAAUCAGUGGUGGCAUUGCCUGUUUCUCAAGGUGGCGAUGAGAGUGAACCCCUUGCGGUUCUCUACGUGGAGGGAACUCCGAACGCGUUCUCAUAUCUUAACCGCGUCGUCUUGCAGCUACUAGUCGUUCAACUCGGAAUUAGCUAUUCCAAUGCGUUGACACUCAAGGAAGUCGAACGGGUAUCCGCUAUCAACCAAUCCAUGGUCGAUAUGCAGAAGAAGGCCUUGGCAGAAGCAAUGGCAGCAGAGCAAGAAGCGAACGUCGCCAAAGCGGAGGCUCUUCAUCAUGCCAAGCUAGCCGAAGAGGCCGCCAAGGCUAAGAGCAGCUUUCUUGCCAAUAUAUCUCAUGAGCUACGAACGCCACUCAAUGGAGUGAUUGGCAACUCGGAGCUUCUGCACGGCAGUGACCUGCCAGAAGCGCAAUUGGAAAUGGCAGACUCGAUUCGCGUGUCAGCUAACCUCCUCCUUGCCGUGAUCAAUGACAUUCUCGACUUUUCCAAGAUCGAAGCGAACAAGAUGCAGUUGCACAUUGUGCCCUUUGACGUGGACAAGAUGAUCCGGGGACUGAUUCGCUCCAUGUCGACCGAUUUCGUGAAUAGUGGACGAUCCAACAAUGUCGGCAUUAUCCAGGAUAUCAAAAUACCUCAAUCCCGCGUAUAUGGUGAUCCUGUGCGUCUGCAGCAAAUACUAGGCAAUCUAUAUGGCAACAGCCUCAAGUUCACAAAAACCGGGUCCAUCACGAUAGGAUCCAGGGCAGACAAUGAAACAGAGGACUCAGUCCGUCUCUCCUUUUGGGUAUCGGACACCGGUAUUGGCAUUCCCGCGUCCCUCAUAAAGCAUUUGUUCAAGCCAUUCACACAGGCUGAUGCCAGCACUGCGCGUCGGUUCGGAGGCAGUGGCUUGGGUCUCAGUAUCUGCAAAUCUCUCGUAGGUCUUAUGGGAGGCACCAUCGAACUCGAGAGCGUCGAGAACGUCGGCACGACUGUAUCUUUCUCGAUCGUCUUGUCGAAAGUCAAACUCGGAGAUUCGGGUCCUGUUUCUCCAGCGGAAUCCACGAGCGAUUUACUUCGCCAGCUUGGUACCACAGUCCCUAAUCACAUGGAUCUGUCCCAAAUCCCUCUCUCCCAGCUGCGCGUCUGCAUAGCAGAGGAUAACCUGAUCAACCAAAAAAUCACGGUGCAGUUCCUCAAGAAGCUGGGAUUCGCCCACGUAGAUGCCUACAACAACGGCCUUGAAGCCGUGGAAGGAAUCCAGAAGAAGGCCAGUGCAAAGCAACCAUAUCAUUUGAUCUUGAUGGAUGUUCAAAUGCCCAUCAUGGACGGGUAUGUGGCCACCCGCCAUCUCCGCCAGGAUUCUGUGGAUGCGGUGCGGCGCAUUUUGGUCAUCGCUCUCACGGCCUCGGCAAUUCAGGGCGAUCGGGAGAAGUGUCUGGAUUCGGGGAUGGAUGAUUACCUGGCUAAGCCAAUUCUCCUUGCGGCGUUGAAAGAUAAGCUUGAUAAGUAUUUACAAUUUGAAUGA